UUACUCGCCGCAUUCACCUUGGCGUUACUCCCCAUUUUGUGGUGUACCAUCCACCAGCAAGGAGCUGUUUUGUUGUGACAUCAAAGAAGGAGCCUUUUCGACCUCAAAGAGCUCCGUUUGACUUUCAAUUAAACAUUGUGUACGAUGAAGAGUCGGGCGGUGUCCAGAGCAUUACAACCGAGGCACCUGUAUGUAACAUGCCACCCAUUGCCCCAAAUGCAGGUAUUCGUGUGCCAAUGGCAGAUCGAUUUGAAAUUCGCUUGAUGUCUACCACAGACUGGGCUUGCACGGAUACACUUCUCCUGGAAGAAAAUGAGCGAGUACUAGGGGCACAAAUGAUGGAGAUUCACUGUGAGAAGGAUGCAGAGGGUCUUCAUACGGCACCUGUCUGUGUCGUGAGUACAGCCUUCCCUCUUGGGGAAGAUAUUACCUGCAGGGGCCGCAUUCUUCUUCUUGCAACAAUGUGCACGAAGAAGAAGCGGAAGAUUCUUCUUUUUCAUUCGGAGCCUUUGAAUGGCCCAGCCACCGCGGUUGUAGGGAUUCGUCACCACAUUGCCGUUGCCGUGGGUGGGACGAUCAAGCUAUUUCGCUUUGAUUGGGAAAAAAGGAAACUAGUAGUGGGGGCUUUGCUGUAUGCAGGGACUUAUGUGACGAGAAUGUCUUCUUUCCGCAACUACCUUAUUUACGGAGACUUGUCGCGUUCUUGCGCAAUUGCCCGCUUCAACGAGGAGAAUCACACACUGAGUGUGCUUGGAAAGGAUCGCAACGCCGUGUCGGUGGUUCAUUGUGACAUGAUGUACCACGACCGUGCGUUCGGUUUGUUGUGCUCUGAUGACGAGAGGAAUUUGCUUGUGAUGGGUUACACGCCACGUGUGCAGGAAACUGAGGCAGGGAGUCCGAACAAGGUGCUUGAGUCUGUCUUGUCGCUUGAUGGGGAGUAUCGUCUUUCUGGUGGCUGCUUGGUUAAGUCUCUGCGUUUCCGCUCCCUCGCUGGAAACUCCAGUGUCACGCUUUACGUCACCAACUAUGGCGAGAUUGGGUUCAUUGUACCGAUUGGCGAGCAGGCGAAUCGGACGGCGUCAUGGCUGAUGCGUCGUCUUCAGAUUGACCUGCCGCACAGCGCAGGACUCACCCCUCGAAUGUUUCUUGGUUUGAGUCAAGGCUCGCCGCGGACGGCAAUGCGGGCAAAGGAAAUGCUCGUGUCUGCCUCGCUGCUGAACGAGUUCUUUUUUCUUGACAUUCACUCGCGGAAGACCAUUGCGUCUGCCGCCUACACGCAGUUGGAACGCGUCACCAACGUCGCUUCCCUCGUUUACGAAGAGUGCAAUUUAUUCUAA